ACCAUGGGACUGCAUCUCCUUACGUUGCUCCACUGUCUUGUGGAUUAGACCUCUAGAUCAAAGGCUCGGAUAGUGGCCUAAGAAAACCAGCUGCCUCAGUUUGGGCAAGCGGACCGUAUCCAAGCCCUCACACAAGUCAAUGAUAACUACUACUGGCACAUAUGUUUCGUGUCCCCUUGUCAGUCAGUCAGCUACAACGUAAGACUAGGUGCCCAAGCCAUGAAAUCCGCACUUAAUCAGUUGGCAAUCAAUGUCCGUAGGUACGGUAUGUGCUUUGCACCUUCUAAGUGCAAAGUACUUCUACAAGACUGGCAGGAUUCUAAUCCUGUACUCACUCUGGAUGGUGAGCAGAUAGAAGUAGUCGAGAAGUUCGUGUAUCUGGGUACGUGCAUAAGUGAUGGCGGUGGCGUGAGUGAUGAGAUCAGUGCACGUAUAAUGAAAUCCAGAGUGGCGCAUAUAUAUUUGGUGCCCUCUUGUACCAAUAUUUAUGUUCAAAUAAUAAUAAUAAGACUAGGCACAUGUAUGCGUCGGUCCAAGUUGCCACACCUCAUUAGCACAACAAGUGCCCCUUUGUACCAAAAUAAAUAAAUAUUGUAUGUACUGAAUUCUCUUUCUCGUGCUCUUCUCUCUUCCAGAUUCUCAGGAGCACACUUUCCUACACUCUCUCAGCAACUACAUUCCCCCGGGCUAAUUACUAAUCUACCAACAACUAUCACUAUGCGAAGUCCCCAUGAUAAGUUUUUCUAUGAUGUCUUUAGUGUUAUAAGUCGAUGGGAGUUCAUAAUUCUUCGCAUCCAGACACUACUUCUGUGGGAGCGUGUGGUUCCAAGUUUUGUUUUCACAGCAUUCGUACACCUUGUGUUUUUAUCAUUUGUAAAAAGCAACUUCAGUACACUGUUUAUUUCCUGUCUGGCGUUGUUUCUUGUCCUGUUAUGCAACCUCUUACAACCGCUAAUGGCAAGGCUUUUUGUAGAUUCUAAGCGUUCACCUGGUUCAUUCUCAGAACUUGUUUCCGUUUGUUUGGAGAAUGGGAGCAUCAUGUCUACCACUGAUCUUAGCCAUUGGAUAUCUAGCUGUCUUUAUGGUGCACUUAAUAUCGCAAAUAAGCUUGCCCCGUGUCAUCGAAAUCAUCCUCUCUCGUUUUUCAUUAUUUCAAGCACUAUUAGCAUUGGAUGCAUCGUACUUAGCAUGUAUGUUUCCGGCGUAACCUUAGCUUAUAUAGCUCUCAAUAUUUGUCUAAUUUUGCCAACUUUGCUGCACCAUCGUGUAAUUUCUCGUGUUUGGAAUUUGAUCAAACCUAUUUUAAUGCGUAUUGAAGCAGAAUUCGAUAAAAAUCCGUUAGAAUCUCCUGAAGAACGCGAUGCCGGUGAACGAGAACUUUACGAACCUAUUGUUGCAGCUGCAAAUGCUGCUAAUUCCUCGGUAUUCCCUGACGGUUUUUCAACAGACAUACCCACGAAAGUGGAAUCUAGUCAGCUCGAGUCAGAUGAACUAGAUAACUCUGAAGCAGUAUUCAUCAAACAGUUUGUUUCCGAUAUUAGUUCUGAAGAAUUGGAUCGUUUGUUUUCUGAAGCUCUUGGUGAGCACGAAAUUGCAACAAAAAACACUACCAGACAUAGCAAAUCCGAUAAUAAGCAUAAUAAUAAUGAUAAUUUCUCAGAAUUUACUGACACAGAUUAUCCAUUUAUAACUCAACAAGAAAUAGUUGAAAAAUCACGUUCACCACCAAUUUUAUGGGCAAUGGAAAGUGAGUAUGCUACAGAUGAUGAUGAAAGCAGCGAUAUCAUGGGUGAGGUUUGCCCAGCUCCGAUUACAGUGAAUAAAGAUGUUGAACGUGAAGGAUUUGUAUUUGUACGAAAACAAAACUAAAAACAAACUAAAUUGAUAAUGACUUCAUUUUUUUCGCCCCUCACUAUUCCCUACCUGUAUACACCAUUCUACUUCUCAUUUAUAAAUAAAUACCCCCCCUCUCGCUCAAUAUGUAUUUAUUUUACCAUAUUUUAUUUCAUACUUUAUUAUUAUUAUUAAUGACUGUUAAAAUAAUCGAAAACCAAAAGAUAAACUGUUAAAAUAUAUAAAUGGUAGAAAGAACAUAGUAACUCAGGUAUUCAAGUAGACCGUUGUAAAUUUAGUUAUUAUUGCUGGACUGAAUGUAUUUGAAAUUUUACUUUCCCUGUUUCUUUCUACAAAUUUUAAUUGACUUGUAUAGUUUUAUGUAAUAAAAUGCAUUUAUAUC